CGUUUUUGGAUCGCGAGUGCAUUAAUACACGAUCCCUUCUUUGUCUUUCUCAGUGAUUGUCUGUCUCUUUUUCACUUGCACUCCUCUCUUUGCUUAAUCCUCUUUGGAGUGCAUUGCUGAUUCCCUUUUGCCCGCCCCACCAUCCCAUGCCCUUUUAGCUGGAUGAAAGCACUUUGGCGGGAGCGGCUUGUAGUCAUAGUUUGUUGUUGGGCGGUUUGUUGGUCAAGCGAUUAAAAAAUAUGAAGCAUGCCCCACGCUUUCGAAACCGCCCCAAUGCGGUCACGGAAAGUGAAUCAACAGCGGCAGCAACAACAAAAACAAGUACACCACCACCUUCACCUGCAUCCACCACAUUCGGAGGAGGCACUAACCAAUCCGUAAAGGUUCGCGACGAUCCCCAACGACCGCUCAGGUGCCUGGAAACACUUGCCCAGAAAGCGGGUAUAAACUUUGACGAGGACUUUGCUAGUCCGUCCCAAUCGCCCAGCACUAAGGCUCGCGGAUCAGCUGGAACGCCACCCAUCCGGCGGCGCCACCCUCUACUUCCGCUCUCGAGCAGCUCACCAAGGACGCCCAAGUCGAAGACACGCGGCUACAACCUGGAGAAGUCACAGAGUCCCGCCCAACAGGUGGCGGCCGCCACCACGGCGCUCCAGAUCUCCCCCGAGCAGCUGCAGCAGUUCUAUGCUAGCAAUCCCUAUGCCAUCCAGGUGAAGCAGGAGUUCCCAACGCACACGGCUGGAGGAGGGAGCACAGAGCUGAAGCACGCGGCAAACAUUUUAGAUGUCCAGCAGCAGAUGCAACUGCAGCAGCAGCUGUCAGAUGGCAGUGGAGGAGGAGGUGCGGGAGGAGGAGCAUCGGGGAACGCAGGAGCAGCAGGAGGAGCGCCCAGCCCUGCCAACUCCCAGCAGUCCACCGCCAUUAGCACCAUGUCACCGAUGCAGUUGGCGGCAGCCACCGGGGGUGUGGGCGGGGAUUGGUCGCAAGGGAGGACAGUGCAGCUGAUGCAGCCGUCUACCAGUUUCCUGUACCCGCAGAUGAUCGUGUCGGGCAAUCUGUUGCACCCUAGCGGCAUUGGCCAGCAGCCCAUCCAGGUGAUCACCGCCGGCAAGCCCUUCCAGGGCAACGGUCCCCAGAUGCUCACCACCACGACGCAGAACGCCAAGCAGAUGAACCUGGGUCAGGCGGGAUUCGCCGGUGGCAACUACGCCACAUGCAUUCCCUCGAACCACAACCAGUCGCCCCAGACGCUGCUCAUCUCGCCGGUGAACGUCAUCUCCCACUCGCCGCAGCAGCAGCAGAACUUGCUGCAGUCGAUGGCCGCCGCCGCCCAGCAGCAGCAGCUUACUCAGCAGCAGCAGCAGCAGCUCAGUCAGCAGCAACAGCAGCAGCAGCUCACCCAGCAGCAACAGCAGCAGCAGCAACAGCUGACAGCUGCUCUGGCCAAAGUGGGAGUGGAUGCGCAGGGCAAGCUGGCCCAGAAAGUGGUCCAAAAGGUGACGACCACCAGCAGCACGGUGCAGGCGGCAACGGGGCCGGGAUCCGCUGGAACCACACAGGCGCAGCAGGUGCAGCAAGUCCAGCAACAGCAGCAGCAGACCACCCAAACCACUCAGCAGUGCGUGCAGGUCUCGCAGUCGACGCUACCAGUGGGAGUGGGCGCCCAGUCCGUGCAGACUGCCCAACUCCUGAACGCCGGCCAGGCGCAGCAAAUGCAGAUCCCCUGGUUCUGGCAGAAUGCGGCAGGACUACAGCCCUUCGGCUCUAACCAGAUCAUAUUGCGCAACCAGCCAGAUGGGACGCAGGGCAUGUUCAUCCAACAGCAGCCGACGACUCAGACCCUGCAGACGCAGCAAAACCAGAUUAUCCAGUGCAAUGUGACCCAGACUCCGACAAAGGCACGCACACAACUGGACGCACUUGCUCCCAAGCAGCAGCAGCAGCAGGCAGGGUCGACAACCCAGACACAGCAGCAGCAGCUGGCUGUGGCCACUGCCCAGUUACAGCAACAGCAGCAACAGCUCACGGCAGCAGCUCUGCAGCGGCCAGGAGCCCCGGUCAUGCCUCACAACGGAACUCAAGUGCGUCCGGCCAGCUCCGUAUCCACGCAGACAGCCCAGAAUCAGAGUCUGCUGAAGGCCAAGAUGCGCAACAAGCAGCAGCCGGUGCGACCCGCAUUACCCACCUUGAAAGCGGAGAAUGGUCAGGUCGCGGGCCAGAACAAGGUGGUUGGUCACUUGACCACCGUGCAGCAGCAACAACAGGCAACGAAUCUCCAGCAGGUGGUCAACGCGGCAGGCAACAAAAUGGUUGUGAUGAGCACGACGGGCACACCUAUUACGCUGCAGAAUGGACAAACACUUCAUACAGCCACUGCGGCUGGAGUGGACAAGCAGCAACAGCAACAGUUGCAGCUGAUUCAGAAGCAGCAAUUCCUACAGCAACAAAUGUUCCAGCAGCAGAUUGCUGCUAUUCAGAUGCAGCAGCAGGCGGCAGUUCAGGCGCAGCAACAGCAGCAACAAGUCACCCAGCAACAGCAGGUGAACGCCCAGCAGCAGCAAGCGGUUGCGCAGCAACAGCAGGCGGUGGCGCAGGCUCAACAGCAGCAAAGGGAGCAGCAGCAGCAAGUUGCCCAAGCACAGGCGCAGCAGCAGCAGGCGCUGGCCAAUGCGACCCAGCAAAUCCUGCAGGUGGCGCCCAAUCAGUUCAUCACAUCCCACCAGCAACAGCAGCAGCAGCAACUGCAGAACCAACUGAUUCAGCAGCAACUGCAGCAGCAGGCGCAGGCACAAGUGCAGGCCCAGGUGCAAGCCCAGGUGCAGGCCCAGGCGCAACAGCGUGAGCAGCAGCAGAAUAUCAUCCAGCAGAUCGUGGUCCAGCAGACGGGCGGAGCUACCGCCCAACAGCAGCAGCAGCAACCGCAGCAGCAAUCCGGACAGUUGCAGCUGAGCAGCGUGCCCUUUUCGGUUUCUUCGACGACGACGCCAGCCGGAAUAGCCACCUCCAGUGCCCUGCAGGCGGCCCUCUCCGCCUCCGGCGCCAUCUUCCAGACAGCCAAGCCCGGCACCUGCAGUUCCUCCCUCCCCACCAGCAGUGUGGUUACAAUAACGAACCAGAGCACCACUCCGCUGGUCACCAGCAGUACUGUGGCCAGUCUGCAGCAAGCACAGGCUCAAGCUCAGCUCCACCAGCAGCAGCAGCAGUUGAUUACCGCCACCAUUGCAGCAGCAACUCAACAGCAGCAGCAGGGACCACCUUCACUUGCGCCCACCACGCCCUCUCCAACUUCUAAUCCCAUCCUGGCCAUGACCUCAAUGAUGAAUGCCACAGUGGGCCACCUGUCUACUGCUCCGCCCGUGACUGUUUCUGUGACCAGCACGGCUAUCACUCCGUCGCCGGGCCAGCUGGUCACCCUCAGCAGUGCUAGCAGCGGAGGAGGAAGCUUCGUUUCCACGCCCACCAAGGAGACGCCAUCGAAGAUGCCCACCGCCACGCUGGUGCCCAUUGAUUCGCCCGUGACGCCUGUAUCUGGACAUGACAGCUGCACCACACCCAAGUCCUCCACUCCUGCCAAUGUCAGUGCAUCCGCGGAGGCCAGCAGUUCCACGAGCGAGGCUCUGCCCAACGGAGAAGCCACAGACCGGACUUCCACGCCCUCCAAGGUCGCUACCACUCCCACCAGCAAGCAAAGCAAUGCGGUGCAGUCUACGAGCAGCAGCACCACUCCCAGCUCUGCCAGUGGAAAGGAAGAUCCCAAGGUGGCAACCUCCGUCAGCUCUACGUCCGCCACAUCAACGCCAACCACGACAACGAUCAGCAAUGGGAUCGGGAUGGCCAGAACAACAUCAAGCUCCACUUCUAGCACCACCGCUGGCACAAUCACCACCAGUUGCAGCACUUCAACAACAAGUUGUACCAGUACAACCACAAGCACCACGACGAGCAGCAGCAAUGGAGCUAAAGAUCUGCCCAAGGCGAUGAUCAAGCCGAAUGUUUUAACCCAUGUCAUCGGUGACUUUAUCAUCCAGGAGUCCAACGAACCCUUCCCCGUCACCAGGCAGCGAUAUGCGGACAAGGACGUCAGCGAUGAGCCACCAAAGAAAAAGGCAGCCAUGCAGGAGGACAUCAAGCCAAGUGGAAUAACAUCAGCUCCGGCCUCGGACAUGGUUGCCUGCGAACAGUGCGGAAAACUGGAACACAAAGCGAAGCUCAAGCGGAAGCGAUACUGCUCGCCUGGAUGCGCCAGGCAGGCCAAGAACGGCGUCGGAGGAGUUGGAGCAGGAGAGACCAACGGCUUGGGAACGGGUGGAAUCCUUGGCGUGGACGCCAUGGCAUUGGUGGACAAACUGGACGAGGCGAUGGCAGAGGAGAAGAAGCAGACGGAGGCCAUGCAGGCGAUUUCCGAAACCCUGCCCAUUCAGUCGAAUCCAACAGACAUGACACCGUUGACGAUUCCAGUGCUAGCGGCCAUUCCAGCGACUUCCCCACUUUCGAUGCCUCUGGCAUUGCCGUUGCCUGUUGCAAUUGCUGCUCCUGCACUGCCACUGCCAGUGGCUCCGGCUGGGGUGGUCACUCCUGCGGUAGCGCUGCCAUCCUCCAGUGUGAAUGGAUCGGAUCGCCCGCCCAUCAGCAGCUGGAGUGUGGAGGAGGUCAGCAACUUUAUCCGAGAACUGCCUGGGUGUCAGGACUACGUGGAUGACUUUAUCCAGCAGGAGAUCGACGGUCAGGCGCUGCUACUGCUUAAGGAGAACCAUCUUGUGCACGCCAUGGGCAUGAAGCUGGGCCCAGCCCUCAAAAUAGUAGCCAAGGUGGAGUCCAUGAAGGAGGUUCUGCCGCCAGGCGAUUUGAAGGAUGCGGCCGGUGGGGCGCAAUAGUGUCAGCGGGAUGAGCCAGGUGAUGAGAUAAUGCCAUCGCCCUCGUAUUCGAUUACUCCGCCGCCGUAUUCGCCGGUGGGUCCGGGGCCGGACAGGCAAACCGUUCCAACACCCUUUCCCGCUCCUGCCAGCACUCCGCCGGAGUCUGAGGAUAGCAGCGGGGGCAGUCACCUGUGCUUUGACCUGACCACACGCCUCUGCCACGACCUUCGGCUGGAAGAGGAGCCGUAGCUCUGGACCGGGUCCAACCAGGUCCGUCGCCCAAGCUGAAUCUGAUUCACUUGAAGCGCGCGCUGUAGACUUUUUGUACGUAAUUUAAAAUAACUAGAGGGGUGUUGUCGUAGCUCAAGCAAAAGGCCGCCGCAUGUAUGAUAAAGCAUAGACUGUUGUCCCAGUCAUCAAUUCAUCAAUCAACUUGUAUAGAACUUCACCAUUACAAUUAAGCGCUAACGUAUUUAUUUGAACGUUGUUUAUCACUACACAACACCCUAUGGGAAGAGCAUGAAAAAAUCACUUAAACUAGAGGUAAGCUGGGAAUAUAUUUAGAUAUUUUGCUUUAAAACUUAAGCCUGAAGUAAUUCUUAAGUGAAACUGAAUUGAAUACGACAACUGAACAUUUAAUUUAUUGACUAAUUUAGCGCAUGAUGAGUAGCGUUUGAAGGAACUCUGGCUGGCAAGGCUAGACCCCGAAAGCCCAGUCAAACUUCCAUAACUCGAAUUAGUAGUCUAAGUUUCUGGAAAGGAGCAUUUUUGUUGUUAUUUUUUUUAAAAAAGCUAGUUAUUAGUACAUUUUUUUUUAUAUUCAAAUAAAAUUUUGUUCUCGAAAACAAAUCGAUCGGUUCAAUAAAUUCUGAGAUAUAUUUAUAUAUUAUAUUAAAAAUGUCGGUCAUUUAGCUUCGUCCUAUGAAUUCGACUUGAGAUAAACUUACUGAAAAACUGUACAAUAAAAUCGAAACAUUUGGAUUCAAACAAUAUUAUUUAUAGAAAAAUUCGAGUUAUGGAAUUUCGACUGUAUCUUCAAAUUUACCUUAGGUUAUACAUACAUAUACAAGCAUCUUAAUAUAUGAUAAGAUAUAUUCAAUUUUUUUUAAAGUUCCGUGGUUGUAUAUUUUGUUUACAACAUUUUUUUCCCAUCGCUAAACAAAAUAAAAACUUUCACUGUUUAGUGGUAAAUUAACGAGAAUAUGAAUUCUAAAUCGAG